AUUAAACGGAGCGGACCAAAAUCCCAAACAAGGAAAUGGUGGGGGGAUAAACCGAGCGGAUUAUUUAAUUAAUGCAUGCGAUAAUUAAUAUUUUAUUUCAUUUUUUAAAUCUUAAAUGAAGACGCAUUCAUGGGUUAGAAUGGAUUACGAGUUCAAAACAAAGCUGGCCGCCGAGAGGGAGAGAGUGGAAGAUCUGUUCGAAUAUGAAGGUUGCAAAGUGGGUCGAGGCACUUACGGCCACGUUUUUAAAGCCAAGCGCAAAAACGGGAGAGACGAGAGGGACUAUGCACUGAAGCAGAUAGAAGGCACUGGAAUAUCAAUGUCUGCUUGCAGGGAAAUCGCACUGCUGCGAGAACUGAAACAUCCAAAUGUGAUCGCCCUGCAGAAAGUCUUCCUGUCCCACAGUGACAGAAAAGUCUGGCUCCUCUUUGAUUACGCUGAACACGACCUUUGGCAUAUCAUCAAGUUCCAUCGAGCCUCCAAAGCCAACAAGAAGCCUAUGCAGCUGCCCCGAGGGAUGGUCAAGUCUCUUUUGUAUCAGAUCCUGGAUGGGAUCCAUUACCUCCAUGCCAACUGGGUGCUCCACCGGGAUCUGGUGAGCUGUUUUAUUAGCUCCUGGUACUCCACUUUCCCACGACUCUGUCUAAAAGCUCUUCCCUUCUACGCAGUGCUUUGGUCUUGUCGCCAUAUUUGGGGACAAACUAAAACUCUCGGACACACAGACUGGUUAGAACUUGUUCAAGAAGAGUCAAAUCAGCCUUAAACCACCAUUUUUGUUCUGAUGCAUUUGCUGGAGGUUUCCUACUUUGGAAAGCAAUAGACAGCUCGAUAUACCAGCGCCUUUAUUUGCGACCUUUUCGGUUUUAGAGUUUAGUUUGUGUGAUCAGAUUCAGGCUUUAAAUGUGUCCAAACUAGGGUUGCAAAAUUCCGGGAAUAUUCAAAGCUGGAAACUUUCCAUGGGAAUUCAAAUCAAAUCAAAUCAACUUUAUUUAUAAAGCACAUUUAAAAUUUGCCACAAAGUGCUGUACAACGGUCAGGUUAAAAGAUAAUACGAGAACCAAGCAAACAACACAACACAAACAGAACAUGAUAAAAAAAAUUAAUAAAUAAAACAUAAAAACAUUGCAGGGUGGAUAUCACUCAGUGUUAAAAGCCAAGGAAUAAAAGUAUGUUUUUUAGAGAGAUUUUGAUUAAAAACAGGAAGAGAGGAGGCUUGUCUAACACUCCGAGGUAGGUCGUUCCAAGGCUCGGGAGCAGCAGCGGGAUUAACUGGAAAUAAAUGGGAAUACACAUUGAAUGCACCAUGCUAGACCUUGCAGCAAU